AAUUCCGUACUUACGGAAUAUUGUGCGCAAUCUUAGAUAUUAUUCCUUCUGUUCAAUGUAAUUCUACUAGGCUGCUGCCUUCAGAACUGAAGAUUCUUUACACUUAAAGAGAAUAUCAAAUCCACAGAGGCAAGGUGGAUUCGGGCGGCGUCGGUGACGCGCACUAGCGAGCACUUCCUGUUGUCGCCGCUGGGUCAGCUGACACAAUAAAGUUUAGCUCUCCCAUUCGAAGCGAUUGACACCUCGUUUGUCUAUGCGCCUUCUACAGCCGGUACACCACGAUGUAUAGUGGAUCAGACAGCGACACGGAUGACAACGAGUACCCGUUGCUCCGCGGCAAGCCUUUUCUGAAAGUCACUAAAGCUCCAGCAUGUUGUUCUGCUCGCUAUUCCCUGGCUGUUCUCUCCUUUUGUGGGUUCUUCAUGGCCUAUGCUUUACGGGUCAAUCUCAGUGUUGCCAUGGUGGAGAUGGUUAAGACCAUUAUUAACAACAGUUCAGCGUCACAUAUGUGCCCGGGACAUGCAAGUUCCUUUGUCAUUCAGCACAAUACAACUGCACCUGUAUAUGACUGGGAUGCAGAUACACAAGGAUGGAUCCUUGGUUCAUUCUUCUAUGGCUAUUUAUUCACUCAAAUUCCUGGUGGAUAUUUGGCCAGGAAGUUUGGAGGCAAAUGGUUUUUGGGUAUUGGUAUCCUGGGUACAGCAGUGUUCACGCUACUCACUCCGCUGGCCGCACAUCUUGGAGCAGGAUAUCUCAUAGCAGUCAGAGUUCUUGAAGGAAUAGGAGAGGGUGUAACAUUUCCUGCUAUGCAUACAAUGUGGUCCUCAUGGGCUCCUCCGUUAGAGCGCAGCAAGCUCCUCUCAAUCUCCUAUGCAGGUGCACAGUUGGGUACUGUAGUUGCUCUUCCAGUAUCUGGCUUGAUUUGUUUUUAUCUGGACUGGACAUUUGUAUUCUACAUAUUCGGUGCACUUGGAAUUUUAUGGUUUUUAUUCUGGGCAAUUUUAGUAAGUGAUACACCUGAAAAUCACAGAAGAAUGUCUCUGUUGGAAAAAGAAUAUAUUACGUCAUCAUUAAAAAAUGAGAUGCCUUGUUUAACCAAAACAAUACCUUGGGGUUCAAUUUUAAAAUCGGUCCCGCUGUGGGCAAUAGUGAUGGCUCAUUUUUCAUACAACUGGUCAUUUUACACGCUUCUCACAUUAUUACCAACUUAUAUGAAGAGCAUUCUUGGAUUCAACAUUCAACAGAAUGGAUUCCUUUCAGCACUUCCAUAUUUAGGCUGCUGGCUGUUAAUGCUCCUAGGGGGUCAACUGGCAGAUUAUUUGAGAGAAACCUGGAUGGUUCGAACCGUAAUUGUGCGCAAGUCUUUUUCCAUUAUUGGAAUGGUGGGGCCUGCUGUUUUUUUAGUGGCUGCAGGGUACACUGGUUGCAAUUACACCAUGGCAGUGGCAUUUCUGACAAUCUCUUCAUCUUUGGGAGGAUUUUCCAUGUCUGGUUUUAAUAUCAACCAUCUAGACAUCGCACCAGCAUAUGCUGGGAUUUUACUUGGAAUUACAAAUACAUUUGCCACUAUUCCUGGAAUGGUUGGACCUAUAAUAGCUAAAGCACUCACUCCUUCUAACACCGUAGAAGAGUGGCAAAUUGUGUUUUAUAUAUCUGCUGCAAUCAAUGUGUUUGGUGCUGUGGUGUUUUCCAUUUUUGGUAAAGGAGUGGUACAGACGUGGGCUGUUGCAGAUUUUCAUUCUCACGGGAACUGAUACAGUACAUAUUUGUAAAACAAUAAUGCACACACUGGCCAUUACAGUUGGGGGUUUGAUGUAUUGUAUUACCACUUCAAAUGUACAGUGGAUUUCUUUGUCGAAGUAUUUUGCCUGGUAAAUGUGCCCAAAUCAUUUGGUUCCUUGUAAACUACAAGUAAUAUGACAUUAUUUAGAAGAUCUGGAUAGUCUUUAAUUCUACUGUACAUUAAACCUGUUAUGUGGUAAAAUUUAUAAGUGAAGUGUUGAUGGUAAUGAAAUAUGAUGGUGGGGAAGAAAUGUCAAACAUAAAUUACCUCAUUUGUUCUAAGAUUAUAAGAAAAGGGAUUUUACAGUUUUAAAAACACAAACAUGUUUACUUUGUACCACUGUCAGAAUUUGGUAAAAUACUCUAUUAUUGUGUAGCUAGAUUGCUUUCUCUUUUUAAAGAGUAUAUUGAGCCUUAUAGGCUUAUUAAAUACUUCUUUUCAGAGUAUACAUCUUAAAACCUAUUAUCAUAACCUUCAUUAACUCUACAAAAAUGUGCUAGAUGUCAUCAUUGUAAUAUCAUAUCAAUGAUACUGUGAUUUGGCAUCACUAAGCAACUUUAAAAGCACAAUUUAGAAGGCUGCAUGCCACAAUUUUAACAGAAAAUACCAGAUCUCUGUUUGUCAAGAGCACAUUAUAUGGAGCUUAUGUUAAGAGGAGUAUUGUUUCUUUCUGGCAAUAUCUUUUUCUAAGACUCCAUUUAUUUUAUAAUAUGUUUAUACUUAAGUGCCUGAUAAUUAUUGCAACUUUCUUGUUACAUUUUGUCUAACUCCAAAAGCUCUACAUUCAGUUUACGUAUUUGGUCAAGAUUAUAUUUUGGGUAUAUUUUAGAUUUUUGUGCCUUUUUGACACACCCAAAUAAAACAUAACAUAAUAUUGUGGAGGGGUUUACUUGUCAGUAGAUAAUGUCUUUGUUAAAGUGUUAUUGUUAAACAAUACCAAUUAUGAAAAUCCAUGGUGCUUUCCAAACUUGAUAAUGUCAUUUAAACUAAUCUCUAUGACUCUAAAUUGAAGUAAGUAGACUUGGAAAAUAGAUGAAUGUGACAGAAAAGAUCUGCUGCACAUAAUCAUCUGUUUUUAAACAAUUUCAGCACACAUGUUUAGAAUUAGUAAAUAGAAGAUUUAAGAAUAAUCAGCUGUAAAUAAGUAAACCAGGGGUCAAGAAAGAAGUUUACGUCUUGUAAAGAAAAAAAAUAAAGAGUUGUUUAUAAAAAUAAGUGGUCAUUAUCCUACAUAGUAAGAAAAAACAAAAUGUUGUUUAGCAAAAUAUCCGAGUCAUGCUGACAUUAUCAUUGGAACUCUAAGUAAUAGUGUUGGUUGUGUAUUGUUUUAGUUCCAUCCUAAAAAUCCUGUGCUGAGGUUUUUGUACAUUCAAGACUCAAACUAAGUUUUUAGUCAUGGUGUAUUUAUUAGCUAUAAAAGGAUUAUGAUAUAUAAAAGAAAACAUUAUUCUCAAUGUACUCAGUAUACAUGACAGUAAGGACCCUAUAAACUAUAUUUAAUAUUUUAACCAUUAGGCUUCUUGUUUAGGUUACUAGACAAAAUUGUUGCAUUUUUUGAUUUGCACUUUUUUUAAAGACAAUUUUUUUAACUGGAAACUGACUGUACUAGAUGGUCUUUGUUAAUUUGCUGAUGUUUCCAUACUUGAAUUCUAAUUGUUUAGUGCUGAUGUUUCCAUGCUUUAUUCUAAUUGUUUAGUUAUUAUACAUUAAUUUGAUAUUCACAGUAUAGUUUUCAUAAUUUUGAUUUAAGUGUUUUAUUUACAAAAUCUCUCUGUUCAUACAUGUAUCUACUGUAGGAAGUAGUAAAUGGUUUUAGACCAACGUCACAUUGGGAAAGACCUGUUGAAGAACCAAAAGGAUUAAGAUCUAUUCUUAAUAUUUGAUAGAAUGUUACCUUGUAGAAAAAAAUGAAUAUCAUUAUUUAUUUAAAUCAUGCAUUGUCUUUAUUUAGAUAACUUCUUUCAAUAAAUCACAAAAGGAUAAAAACUCUGGGUUGGGAAAAUUAUUCAACAUCAUACAGAUCUCUAUACCCUGUUUAUUCUGGUUUUAAUUUUAUUAAUGGCUUAUUUAUUAUGAAUAUUUGUUAUAAAAAAUAAAUGUGCAUAGUAUUCUGUUUGUAUUGUACUGGUAAAGGAACAAUGCUGUGUGUUCACAUGGUACCCUACUGGUAUGGUACUGUUUUCUUUUAUUUUUCCCUUUUCCAUUGAAUCUCUAUCAAUGUCAUCUUCAUUCUAGCAAUAUAAGCUUCUGCCAUUCAGACUCCCCAAUCAAUCUGUGCCAUGUUUGGUCAAAUAAAAUCCAUAAAGAAUGAUGACGAUUGAAAAGCUAGACCUGUGUUUUCCAAACCUUUCAGUGCCUGAUGUUCUUUGAGUGGAAUGUCUGCAGAAAUAAUUAUUAGGUGAAAUAUCCUCUUUGCAUUUUAUAUAUAUAAUAUAUCACAAACUGAGGGCACCGUGGCGGAUGUUAGCAGAUUGCUGGCCAACCACAAGCGUUACCUGGUAGGUAACCACCCAUACAAUCAGAUUGUGACACAGACUACGAAUGCCGUGAAUGUAAUUACCCCGAUCUACAUGCUGUCAAAUAAACGAACCACACGCCGUGGCGCAACGUUAGGGGCAUCACCUCUGACGCUGACGUCCGAGGUUCGAUUCCCGAGAGGGAGUGCAGUGGAGUGUGUACGCCUGAUGAGCCCAGAACGAGGGUGAAACACGUGUCGCGUACUCUUUGCAUUUAUUUUACAGUAAACUAUUUUAACCAUUCUAUGAUCUGCUCCUCACAAACUGAGGGCACCGUGGCGGAUGUUAGCAGAUUGCUGGCCAAUCACAAGCGUUACCUGGUAGGUAACCACCCAUACAAUCAGAUUGUGACACAGACUACGAAUGCCGUGAAUAUAUAUAUAUAUAUAUAUAUAUAUAUAUAUAUAAACUCUUUAAUGGCGCAUAUAAUAUAUGUGCUUAAGUAAUAAUUUGAAUAUUCUUUGAAUGAUUCUUUUAUUUUUACUGCUGUUUAUUUUUUUUAAUAAUUUUGUCACAUUUUAAAGUUUCAUUAGUUCAUUCACAAUUUCCACCCACAUGCAUUCAUGUGAUUUUAUUUAAUCAGUUACUUAGUGAUUGUUGUAUGUAGGUAGUGAGAUGUGUCGGGGAGAAUUGCUAUUUGGACAGUGAACCAGUAAAGAGAAGUAAAAAAUACCAUUGCAAAACUACUCUUAAUUAUUUUUUUAAAAUGUUAAACUGCAAACAAACAAAGUUUAUUAAGUAUAUAUAUUUUACACUGAGUAUAAGUGUAAUUCUCAGUAUUUUAUGCAUAUACACACAUCUUAUACUAACAUAUAUUUUAAUUGACAAUCAAAGCAACUGCCAGAUUAUCCAUUAAGAAUGAAAUAUGAUGAUUUAGACAUUUGAUGAGUGAACUGGUGCAUCUUCUAAGUGAGAGUUUGCCACACUGUAUCAAAUGCAAUUUCAAAUAGAUCUGACUUGAUGGAAAGAACUAAAAUCUAAUCAGAUAAAAUUUAAGCAGAAAUUAAUAUCCAGAAACAAAGUAGAAACUUAUAUAUUGAUUGAAGAUAUAAAGGGAAUAUAUGAAAUUGAAAUUGUGUUUCUAUUUAUUAAGAUAAUUUACUUGUAUAUUGUGCACCAUGUGAUCCGAAAUUUACAAUUUUAAAUUUGUUUAUGAUGUUUAUGGCUAGUUGUUGAGUAAACUUACGACCAGAGUGUAAAGACCAGCCACAGGCUGUCACGAUGCAUGUCCUAGUGGUCCUUGACUGUGUUUUGUGGCUGAGGUCUUUAGUAAUACCGUUUGCGUUUCUAAGGCAGGAUGUCUUAUAGAUGUCUCAACAGAAAGGGGUUAUAUACUAGUAAUGCUCUGUAGCGUUUUGCAGUCCUGAGCUGAACAGAUGCCAUUCCAGGAUGUAGAAAAAAGAAAAACCAGUCCGUAUGGGGUGCUGUUUGAUAUGCAUAGUUAGUUGGAGGCAUCUGGGCUUUCGUCAGAUACCCAAUAUAAAACAUGCACUCCCCAACGAUAGCUGAGACUUGUUGGGCCUACUUUUGUUUGUCACUGAAGGUGAUCCAAUAAAGUUAAACCUCCCAACCUUUACCACUGCAUCCCCACUGAUGAGUAUGAGAGUAUGAUCUGUUAUAUGGUCUGUUAUAUUUGUCUUAUUAUGCCCUUUAAUCUGCCAGUUAAACAGGCACCAUUUUUGUCUGUUAAUAUCAUAAACUGUCUGAACCAAAUGUUAGCACUGUAAUCUAUGUAUUAUGAUAUGACCUCCAGUAUGACUGUAAUUAUGGGUUACACCAUUCAAACAAUUUUUUUUUUUUAUAUAUUUGUCUUAUUAUCAUACAGUACUAGUCAAAAGUCUGAACACACCUAGAAUUUUUCAUGUGCUUGAUAGAAAUUGAUACUCUUUUUUUGUUAAAUUGCAAUACCAUUUAAUUUAUUUCAAAAUGCAGCCAAGAUAUUGCUAUUGUUGCUAAUGGCUAUUACUGCUUGAAAUGACUGACUCUUAAUUUAUUAUUCACAUACGGCUUAAAAGCUCCAUUUUCAGCAGCCAUUCUUCUGCAUCAGUGAAAAGACAACUCUGGGACACGCUGAUCAUAAAACACUUUUUCUGGUCAUCUUCUGUCCAAUGUUUGUGUGUUCUUUGGCCCAUUUUAAACAUUUCUUUUUAUGUGUUGGUUUCAGAUAUGGCUUUUUCUUUGAAAUUCUGCCUCUUAGGCCAGUGUCAUAGAGUCAUCUUUUCUGUGUUGCAGAAGACAGUGGUAUCUGGCAUGUAUUUAAUGAAGAAGCAAACUGAGGACCUGUAAGGCGUUUUGUUUCACACCCUACAGACUCUGACAUCCCUAUCCUCUUAUGUAGUUGUGCAUCAGGACCUUCCUUUUCUUUUCCAGUCCUAGUCUGAUCCAGUUUGGUUUCUUCUCACAAGACAGUAAUAGACACCUUUGUAUGGAAUCUUAAGUCUCUCUGCAAUCUUGAAUAUGGAAUAAUCUUCAUUUCUGCAAAAAAAAAAACAAACAACAGACCGACAUGUUUCAUGAGAAAGCUGUUCAGUUCGGCUAUUUUUGAACCCAGAACUGGACUUUAGGAAUGGCAGUACCUUGCAAGCCAAGAAAAAAUAACAGAUUUCAGUUGUGCAAUUACAAAGGUCUCUCUAAUAACCAAUUAGCAUUUAAAAUGGCUAAUUAAGGAAAGGUUAAGGGAAUUGACCAAAUGGGGGUUUGUAGUCAUUUGUGAUUAAUAAAUUAAAAAUCAGAAAUUCCAAGCAGUCAUAGCCAUUAACAGCAUUGGUGGUGUCUUGGCUGUAUUCUAACAUUAAUUUAAUGGAAUUUUAAUAAAAAAAAGUACCGAUUUCCAUCAGACAUGAACAUUUCUGGGUUUGUCCAAAUUUUUGACUGGUACAGUAUUUGCAGCAAGUAUGUUACUUUGACACUACGUUUGUGUUUUUUUAAUCAUUUUUAUAAAUGUAAAGGGAUUCUAAAUAAAUGAAUUGACGUGCUAAUCACAUAGUAAACAACAAAUAGUACGGUUUGCAUACUUGUUUUUGAUUUUAACAACCUUGUACUACUAAGAAUUGAAAUGUUACAUGAAUUGUUUUUUUAAGGAUACCUCUCAUUUAAACAGUUGUGUGCACUGCAUUCUGCCUAAACGGGGCUCCGUAGUGCUGCCCUAUUUACUACAUGAAAAUAAUGGGAGAGCACUUUUAUCUGUUUUAAUUCUUAAUAACAUGGAGGUCAGAAUAAUGUAAAAUGCGUUGACCUGUGCAUCAUAAGUAGGAAAAAGAUGUAAUUUGUAAUUCCAGUGCCUUUGCUUUUAUAAAAUUGAAAUAAACUACUGUAAAAUUAA